AUGAAAAAUUUUGUUGAGGAACACAACCAUGAACUUGAGCCUCCAGAGACUCAUCAUAUGAUAAGAUCCUACAGAGAAGUGAGUGCAUCUUAUGGUUUGGCAAUUGAGUUGGCUAGCGAUUCUGGACUCACUCCUAGAGCAACCCAUGAGUUAUUAUGUAAAGAAGCAGGGGGAGGGCAAAACUUGGGUUCAUCAUGGAAGAUCAAAAGAGUUAUUUGUGAUCAAGAGAGAAAAAAAAUAUGGCAUAUGGUGAGUUGGGAAAUAUUAAUGAUUGUUGAUUAUAUUGACUUUGGGGAUGUACUCACCUUUGACACUACGUAUGACACCAACAAAGAGUUAAGACCGUUGGGUGCAUUUGUUGGUUUUAACCAUCACAGGCAAAUGAUGAUUUUUGGUGGUGCUCUUAUGUAUGAUGAAACUGCUGAUUCGUUUGCAUGGUUAUUUGAAACUUUCUUGAAGGCUCAUGAUGGUAAGAGGCCUCAGACAGUGUUUAUAGAUCAAGAUGUUGCUAUGUUGAAUGCAUUGCAAAGAGUGUGGCCUGAUACACGACAUGGGUUAUGCAUUUGGCAUCUAAAUCAAAAUGGAAUCAAGCGUUUGGAUUGGUGA